UCUACUGGAAAGGGUUGAAUUGUCACGACUUAACGGAGAAGAUGAUCACCAAAGCUAUCUUCGUCACAUUGGCCAUCCUUUUCACAACAUGCGACUGUUGGUUGAAUGAUUAUGAUGGAAAACUAGAGUAUAUUUGUCCAAACAAUCAGUCUGUAUCUGGGAUCCGUAGUCAGCAUGAUAACCGUCACGAAGAUAGAAUUUUUGAUAUUCUUUGUAGGGUAUCUACUGGGAUUGGGUCAAGAUGUCAAUGGAGUGGCUAUGUAAAUGGUUUUGAUGAAUUCUUUGCAUUUCAAUGUAAAUUCCAUGGAUACAUACAUGGAAUGAGAAGUAUUCACGAUAAUGGAAGUGAAGAUAGACGGUGGGAUUUCUACUGCUGUGAACAUGACGGUUUUGAUGUUACAGAAUGCUACCAGACAUCGCAUACCAAUUGGGAUGCCUAUUUCUCUGUUGAUGUUCCACUGAAUUUUGUAAUGAGGGGCGUGACCAGCACCCAUGAUAACAGACAUGAAGACCGAGAAUACAGUUUUGAACUUUGCAAACUGCGAGAAGUUUGAAGAGAAUCCGAUAGAAAAUAGAAGUUCAUUCCAUUGAGUAAGACUCACAGACACAGAUUGACAUAUGAAUAAAGGAUUUAUGUUUUUAAAUCUUGUGAUUUUAAACGCAACUUGAAUACGUAUUACAACAAA